AUGGAGGCUCGUCCGAUUCAAAGAUCAGGUUCUACUAACCUCGCUCGCACUUCUUCAAUCCCAACCACACCAAACCCUUCAGUAGCAGUAGCAGUAGCAGAGGAUGUAUUCAUGAGAUCCGAUAACAACAGCCAGUUAAUGUCAAGACCCUUAGGGCAAACCUACCAUUUGCUUUCCUCCAGUAACGGUGGAGCAGUUGGACACAUAUGCUCUUCUUCAUCGUCCGGUUUCUCCACCAACCUCCAUUACUCUUCAAUGGUCUCUCAUGAGAAACACUACGCAGGAAGCAGCAGCAGUAACAACGCUCAUCUCAUUUCUCAGGCGUCAAGCAACGAUAGUUCUUGGUGCCCUGAUUCUUUGCCUGGAGGAGGGUUUCUUGAUUUCCCUGAAAACAGCCAACUGGCGAUUCAAAACACCAGCCAGAUUGAGGAUGGUGGUGGUGGUGGUGAUGGCGACAUCGGUGCUGCUUUUGAUGAUAUUCAUAAACGAAACGACUGGCAAGAAUGGGCUGAUCAUUUGAUCACUGAUGAAGAUCCUUUGAUGUCUACUAACUGGAAUGAUCUCUUGCUUGAAACAAGCUCCAAUUCAGAUUCAAAGGACCAGAAAGCGCUGCAAAUUCAACAACCACAAUCACAGAUUGUUGUUCAUCAGCACCCUUCACCGUCUGUGUCUGUGGAGCUGCGACCUGUGAGCACAACGUCUUCAAACAGUAAUAACGGGACGGGGAAGGCACGUAUGCGUUGGACGCCAGAGCUUCACGAGGCUUUUGUUGAGGCUGUGAACAGUCUUGGUGGCAGUGACAGAGCUACUCCUAAAGGUGUGCUGAAAAUUAUGAAAGUUGAAGGAUUGACUAUUUAUCAUGUCAAAAGCCAUUUGCAGAAAUAUAGGACGGCUAGAUAUAGACCAGAACCAUCAGAAACUGGUUCACCAGAGAAGAAGUUGACACCGCUUGAACAUAUAACAUCUCUGGAAUUGAAAGGCGGGAUAGGCAUCACCGAGGCUCUGCGACUUCAGAUGGAAGUACAGAAGCAACUCCAUGAGCAGCUCGAGAUUCAAAGAAACCUGCAACUCCGUAUAGAAGAACAAGGCAAGUACCUGCAAAUGAUGUUCGAGAAGCAAAACUCAGGUCUCGCCAAAGGAACAGCGUCAACGUCAGAUUCCGCAGCCAAAUCAGAACAAGAAGACAAGAAAACUGUGGAUUCAAAGGAACCAGCAGCAGAAGAAACCAGAGAAUGCCAGGAGCCAGAAUCUCCGCAGCCAAAGCGCCCCAAAACCGACAAUUGA